UUUCUGAAAUCUUUGAAGUGAAAUGUCAUCUGAUUGAGACCUGCAUGAAAUUUGUAUGGUGAUUAAAUUUAUCUUCCAAGUAAAAAUAAUGAAUUCACAAAAAUGGAAUACUGAAUAUGUAAAGGGAAAAAUGCUGCAGUACAGACAUCUUCAUAUCCUUAAGUAGAUUUUCUAUAUCAUUAGAAAAUUUACAGUUGAAAGUUUUUAGGCAUUAAUAUUUAAAAGCAAUUUUUGUUUGCUUAUUCCUAACUUUGGUUCAUAGACUGUUCACUAUGAAUGCCUGGAAUCAUACAAAUGAAGCUGACUUGAUGCUUGUGGGACUGACAGAUUCCAAGGAGAUUCAGCUGGUCCUCUCUGUGCUGUUUCUCCUGAUUUACAUGCUCACUGUAUUGGGGAACAUAGGCAUGAUACUGAUCAUUCAUCUAGAUGUCCAGCUUCACACUCCAAUGUAUUUUUUCCUCACCCAAUUGUCAUUCCUUGACCUCAGUUACUCAACUGUCAUCACACCUAAAACCUUACAGAACCUGUUGACCUCCAUAAAGAGUAUUUCCUUCAUCGGAUGCUUCACCCAAUUGUAUUUCUUUGUCCUAUUGGCAGCUGCUGAAUGUUUUAUACUCUCCUCAAUGGCCUAUGACCGUUAUGUAGCUAUCUGCAACCCUCUACACUAUCCAGUUAUUAUGUCCCCUAGGCGCUCAUAUGCUCUCAUCACUGGGUCCUACAUGAUUGGAGCGAUGGAUUCCUCUGUCACUGUCUUUUGCUUAAGUACACUGAAUUUCUGCCACUCCAAGGUAAUUCAUCAUUUCUUUUGUGACACAUUUCCAAUUUUAGCUCUGUCCUGCAGUGAUACUUACGCUGCAGAAGCCACUAUAUUCAUUUUAGCUGGUUCUACUCUUUUGCUGUCCCUCAUCACAAUAUCCUCAUCCUAUAUAUCUAUUCUAUCUACAAUUUUGAAGAUAAAUUCUUCUUCAGGUAAGCACAAAGCCUUCUCCACUUGUGCCUCGCAUCUUAUAGGAGUCACUGUUUUUUAUGGUACAAUGAUCUUUACAUAUUUAAAACCAAGUAAGUCCUACUCCUUGGGAAAGGAUCAAGUAGCUUCUGUCUUUUAUACUAUUGUGAUUCCCAUGCUGAACCCACUUAUUUACAGUCUCAGAAACAAAGAAGUGAAAAGUGCUGUCAUGAGAGUUGUGAAGAAGAGAGAGUGCACCCAGAAAUUAAAAUAA